AUGAUUUCUCUGUUUUUCUUCCUUUUCUUCGUUUCGGGAAUUUGCGCGCGAAUUGGAGACCAAAGCGUCGAAGAGAUGUCUUCGCCGUGUCUUCGGCCACAAAGACAGCGCCGUGUCUUCAGUCCGCAGUCCUUCCGCGCCGAAGAGGAAGCGGAUCCGCCACAAGACGGCGUCGACUCUCAACAACCGGAUUCCGUGCCGGACGGCGCCGGCUGUCAGAAACCCGGAUCCGAAACGAUGACUGUUCGCGAGUUAUGUUCUCUUCCGCCUUCGAGAGGGACCGGAAAUGACGACAUUUACCGCUAUUACUUCAAUCCCGUCGUCAACCAAUGUCUGCCCUUUUCCUACACCGGCAAAGGAGUCUCGCUCUCAGUCGCUCUCUGUGUCCAAAACGUCUUUCCCUCCGAAGGAAACUCCAAUCGUUUCGUUUCCAUCAAAAACUGUUACGAAAUCUGUCAUCCGAGCGAAGCGUCGGUCAAAAAGCCGCGCGUUUUGUCCGCAAUCCGCGCGUAUCUCAUCCCCAGCCGAAAAGGAGACGAGUGUCCCAAACCCCCCACGACGCCCGCCCCCCGCGAAGUCGUCGUGCGCCACAUUGCGCACCCUCUGGACCCGUCCAAGACGCUGACCAUUGUCCAGAACGCCAAAUACAUCGAACGCCCCAAAGAGUUCCGAUUCGACGACCCGAAAGACACCGAAAAGACGCGGCGUUUGUCUCUUUCUGUCGCCGAAAAACACGCCUUUCCUCCGUCCCUUCCCUCCGCAGGCUCCAGUUCCGGCAUCGGCGAGGCCACGGCGCUCAAGUUCGCCUCUCUGGGCGCAGUGGUCGUCAUCACGGGUCGCGACGCCCACAAGAUGGCGUCUGUGGCCCACAAAUGCCGUCACGUGUCCGCCAAAGAGGUGCUCGAAGUCGAGUCCGAUUUGACGCAAGAAUCGGACGCCGCGGCGCUCGUCGAGACCACAAUCGGGCGUUUCGGGCGUCUGGAUGUGCUCGUGACGAACGAGGGCGCCGUCGUGUACCACUCGGCCACCGACCCGAACCUCCUGGCGCUCUUCGACGCGGCCUUCGAGUCCGGCGUUCGCGCAGUCCUUCGACUCAUCGCUCUCUGUGUUCCGCAUUUGCAACGAACCAAAGGCUCAGUCGUUAACGUCUCGUCUUCGGCGGCCAAUAAACCCAUCCCGUCCCUCAUGACGUACUGCGCGGCCACGAGUGCGCUCGACAUGAUUUCCAAGUGUUUGGCCAUCGAAUUGGCGUCUUUCGGAAUUCGCGUCAAUUGCGUCAACCCCGCCCUCACGCGCACUCCGCUCCUCAACUACGGCGCGCUGUCGGAGGAGAGCGCGGAAGACGUGUUGCGCAACACUUCCCAACGCUUGCGGCCCUUCCAAGAGGUGGAGGACAUCGCGAACGCUGUCGUCUUCCUGUCGUCCGACAAGUCGUCGUUCAUUACGGGAACACAACUUCCGGUCGACGGCUCUCUUCUGCAAAACUAA